CGGAAGCUCCGGGGAGGUUCCGGGGCCGCGAUGGCUCCGGAUCCCUGGCUCCCGCUGCUCGCCGCCGCUCGCCAGCUCGCCCAGGACAUCGCCGAGAGGAUCCAGGAGCGGAAUCGCUGCCAGCGGAGCGGGGAGAGCUCGGCCAAGGUCAAUGUGGCCAUCAGGUCGUCGCUGCAGAGCCUCAAGGAGAAGAUUGAGCAGCUGAGGGAGCUGCUGCUGCGGGCGGUGUCGACACGCCAGAUCACGCAGCUGGAAGGGGACAGGAGGCAGAAUUUGGUGGACGACCUCCUGACACGGCACAAACAGCUGGAGGCAUCCUACAGGAACGAGGGCCCGGAGCCAGACACGAGCAGGUCCAGCCUCAUGGCAGGAGGGGCCAAACGAGGCGUCACCAACCCCUGGCUCUUGGAAGAAUCGGAGGAGACCAGAGGCCUUGGCUUUGAUGAGCUCAGGCAGCAGCAGAGAAGGAUCAUUGAAGAACAAGACGCCGGACUCGAUGCUCUUUCUUCAAUCAUAUCCCGGCAAAAACAAAUGGGGCAGGAGAUUGGGAACGAGCUGGAUGAGCAGAACGAGAUCAUCGACGACCUCACCAACCUGGUGGAGAGCACGGACGGCCGGCUGCGCACCCAGACACGGCACGUGAGGAUGGUGGACAAGAAAUCCACGUCCUGCGGGAUGCUGGUGGUGAUCGUGCUGCUGCUCAUCGCCAUCGCCGUGGUCGCGCUCUGGCCCACGGGUUAACCCCGACCGCGCCGGAGCGGCUGCUCCAGGGGAGCGCGGGGCUCCGGGGAGCGCCCUGCCCUGGGCAGGACCUCUGUGCAGGAACGAGCUCCAUCCUUGGGAAUCAGCUCCUCUGCUGGGAACGAGCUCCAUCCUUGGGAAUCAGCUCCUCUGCUGGGAACGAGCUCCAUCCUUGGGAAUCAGCUCCUCUGCUGGGAACGAGCUCCAUCCUUGGGAAUCAGCUCCACAGCUGGGAAGGAGCUCCAUCCUUGGGAAUCAGCUCCUCUGCUGGGAACGAGCUCCAUCCUUGGGAAUCAGCUCCUCUGCUGGGAAGGAACUCCAUCCUUGGGAAUCAACUCCUCUGCUGGGAAGGAGCUCCAUCCUUGGGAAUCAACUCCACAGCUGGGAACGAGCUCCAUCCUUGGGAAUCAACUCCACAGCUGGGAACGAGCUCCAUCCUUGGGAAUCAACUCCUCUGCUGGGAAAGAGCUCCAUCCUUGGAAAUCAGCUCCUCUGCUGGGAACGAACUCCACAGCGGCAGCGUCCGCCAGACACCCUCUGUCCUUGGAGCGUGGCUCAGGGGCUCGGUGGGGCCUGGAGCAUCUCAGUGGGAAAAGAGGAUCGCAUCCCACUCUCCCACCUUCCCCAGGCAGCUGCAGCUGCAGGACGGAGCCACCUCUGCUGCAGCUGCCUCUGGGGACGCGCUGGUGCUGCUGCCCUGCCGAUCUCACAUACCCAAACAGCGGAGUGCAGGGCGCUGGGGAGAACAGCGGCGUUCCUGCUCCAGGGUCCCUCCUUCGGGGAGAGAAGAGGCUCCUGGAAUGGUCCUGGGGAGUGACUGCGCCUGCAGGACCCCACGGGCUGCAGGGAAUCACUGCGGGCUGGGUCAGGGUGGUGUUGGUGGGUUAUUGAUCUGCUGGGACGGUUAUUUGUGAUUUAUUGAUCUGCUGGGACGGUUAUUGGUGAGUUUUCAAUCUCCAGGGAUGGUUAUUGGUGAGUUAAUUGAUCUCCAGGGAUGGUUAUUGGUGAAUUAUUGAUCUCCAGGGAUGGUUAUUGGUGAGUUAUCAAUCUCCGGGUACGGUUAUUGGUGAUUUAUUGAUCUCCAGGGAUGGUUAUUGGUGAGUUAUCAAUCUCCAGGGGUGGUUAUUGGUGAAUUAUUUAUCUCCAGGGAUGGUUAUUGGUGAGUUAUCAAUCUCCAGGGAUGGUUAUUGGUAAAUUAUUGAUCUCUGGAGAUGGUUAUUGGUGAGUUAUCAAUCUCCAGGGAUGGUUAUUGGUGAUUUACUGUUCUCCAGGGGUGGUUAUUGGUGAGUUAUCGAUCUCCAGGGGUGGUUAUUGGUGAAUUAUUUAUCUCCAGGGACAGUUAUUGGUGAGUUAUCAAUCUCCAGGGAUGGUUAUUGGUGAAUUAUUGAUCUCCGGAGAUGGUUAUUGGUGAGUUAUCGUUCUCCAGGGAUGGUUAUUGGUGAUUUACUGAUCUCCAGGGACAGUUAUUGGUGAGUUAUCGAUCUCCAGGGAUGGUUAUUGGUGAAUUAUUUAUCUCCAGGGACAGUUAUUGGUGAGUUAUCGAUCUCCAGGGAUGGUUAUUGGUGAUCUACUGAUCUCCAGGGAUGGGGGUUCAGCAGCAGCAGCGCUCAGCCCAGCCUGUGAGAGUGGAGAGCUUUGCCCUCGUGUGCUGCCCAGGGCUCUGCCAGCCCGGCCUCGGGAGAUGCUCCAGAAUUCACAUCCUCACUGAGCUCUGGCUCUUCCUUUGACAGCUCCUCACACCCUUCUACAGCUGAGAGGAAGGAUUACCUUUUCAAAACUAAUGAAAAAGAAGUAUUAAAUGUUUGCUUCUGGCCAAGAGAAUAAUUAUUUUGUUACACAUGCCAGUUUGAUUUCAGGAUUAACAGAGCGAGCAAUAAAUACUGAUUAAAGCUGAUCCAUUUAUACACAGUU